UCUCUUUAAAUGCUAGGGGCUGCGCUCCCGCCCUGGGAGCCCGGAGCCGGAUCUACAAUCCCGUCCCUCCCGCUCCGGCGCUUGUUGCUCGCCUGGCCCGAGCGGGAGCGGCCGCCGCCGGGCACCGAAGCUGCUUCCUUCUCCUUCUUCUAGAGAACCCCAUCUCCUCCCCCCACCCCGCGAGAUCCGGUUGAGGGGGUGAAGCAGCCCCAGCAGGAGGGAAGGGGUGCGGCGUGAAGAGGCGCCGCUCCCCGCCUUCAAGUCUCGAGGCGCUACGUAGCCGCGGGGGGCAAGACAUGCUCUGCUCCCUCCCGCCCAGCCUCGCAGUCGCCGGCGCCGGGAGAGGAGAGACCGCGGAGCCCACACCUGCAAACUCGCCCUAGAAGUCUCAGGGUGCGGCGGGGUAGGGGGCGGGGGGCUCCCAAUUCCCCACGGCCUCCACUUCUAGGCGGGUGGUCUCAACCCCUGUCCGGGGACCGGUGCCAAUGACCCUAGUGGUGGUUUCGCUUUCUCCUCUGCCGGCGGCGUGAACGUGUGCCCGCAGCGUGAUGGGCAACCAGGUGGAGAAACUGACCCACCUAAGUUACAAGGAAGUGCCCACCGCCGACCCGACGGGCGUGGAUCGGGACGAUGGGCCCCGCAUCGGGGUCUCCUACAUCUUCUCCAAUGACGACGAAGACAUGGAGCAGCAGCCGCCGCCCCAGGGAUCGGAUGGUGGGGGCGGGGGCGGGGGUUUGCCCGACGGCGGGGACGGGCCGUCGCUGCCCCCGCCGCAGCCCUAUGACCCGCGGCUGCACGAGGUGGAGUGCUCCGUGUUCUACCGCGAUGAGUGCAUCUACCAGAAAAGCUUCUCGCCGGGUUCCGCGGCGCUGAGCACCUACACGCCCGAGAACCUGCUCAACAAGUGCAGGCCUGGCGAUCUGGUGGAGUUCGUGUCGCAGGCGCAGUACCCACACUGGGCAGUCUACGUGGGCAACUUCCAGGUGGUGCAUUUGCACCGGCUAGAGGUGAGCAACAGCUUCUUGACGGACGCGAGCCAGGGCCGGCGCGGCCGCGUGGUGAACGAUUUAUACCGCUACAAACCGCUGAGCCCCAGUGCCGUGGUGCGCAACGCGCUAGCGCAUGUGGGCGCCAAGGAACGCGAGCUGAGCUGGCGCAACUCGGAGAGCUUCGCCGCCUGGUGCCGCUACGGCAAGCGCGAGUUCAAGAUCGGCGGCGAGCUGCGCAUCGGCAAGCAGCCCUACCGGCUGCAAAUCCAGCUCUCUGCGCAGCGCAGCCACACGCUUGAGUUCCAGAGCCUGGAGGACCUGAUCAUGGAGAAGCGGCGCAACGACCAGAUCGGGCGCACCGCGGUCCUGCAGGAGCUGGCCACGCACCUGCACCCCGUCGAGCCGGACGAGGGCGACAGCGACGCUGCGCGGACUACGCCGCCUCCCGGGCGCCCCCCUGCGCCCGGCCGGGAGGAGGAGGAGGACCGAGAAGCGGUGGUGCACUGACGCGGGAGCUGAGGAGCUGUUUGCAGCAGCCGCCGCCCUUGCCCGCUCCCUCCUCUUACUCCCUCCUCCACCACCUUCUGGGCCCCAUCUGGGCUCCUGGGCCAUUAGGAAAACGGAGAGUUGGCGCAAAGCGCAGCCAGCUGCGGCUUGAGUUUGUUAUCUUGGACGGAGGAGAAAGAGGGAGCAGGUAGGAGCACUUUGGCCUGGGGCGCUUCUCGGCCUCUUGCCCGCUGGCUUAGUCCGCCUUCUUUUCCCCAGAUGAGGCAAACUGUGGGCUUGCCAGACACUUGAAUCCCUGCUGGACUUGGGUCAAAAAUCAGCUCUUCUGAAUUUAGGGAUGGAGACAAGUUCGGAAUGCCAGUGCCUGCCGCUGCCUUCUGCCCCGCUUCCCCUCCUACCCUGGGCUUGGAGGAUGCCCUGUAGUAAGGCCAGAGCAGGUUUGUAGUGUGCUUCCAUCCCCCGAGGAGCCGCGUGAGGGAUCCGGGAAGCUGGGGUGAUUUAUUUUAUGGUUUUCUUAGGGUGCAAGGCUGGUGAAACGUGGACCAGGUCUGGGAUCAGUAGACUGAAACCGAACAACUCCCUGUGAAGUGUAACAAAUAGUUUAGUAAACUUGGGCUGCAAAACAAAGACUUGGCUACCUCAGCCCGCCCCAUCCCCCAGCGAUUUGUCUUUCGGAGCUGGCUUCUGGCUGGGUCUUCUGAGCGGCCCACCGGUUCCCAGAUUUCAAGUAAAUCGUUGUCACAGGCCAGCUAAGGGAAGGAUUCUAUUCUGGUUCUGUUUUGCCGCCUUUGUUUAUAGCCUGCUAUUGUAGGCACUUAAGAGCUGCUGUGUUAGUUACCAAAGGAAGGAAGAGCCCUUUGUGUCUCUGAUCUAAUUAAACCUGCUGGCUGUGUUCAUCCUCAGGUCAAUUUCCUGUCAAUCCCCCCUGCUAACCCCCUUCUGGUAUAGUGAAGGUAACUUGUUUUCUUAAUUUAAGGCUUUGGUGGUGGUCCUGUGCAUUUUUUUUACCCUUUGCUAUCUCACCCCCUUCACUCACUCCUGUUUUGCCUGAGGUCAAAUUUUUGUCUUGAGGCAUAUUUCAAUGAUAAGGUAUUGCUAGCCACACUUGAUACGAUAUGUAAGUGAAAGUGGCUCAGUCACUUUGUGACCCCGUGGACUAUACAGUUAUUUUGUGACCCAGUUUUUACUGUUAGCAUAGGAUCAUAUUUGAAUGAUCCAUAUUUAAGUGAUAGAGCCAUGGCCAUCCUCAGGCAUCCUGCCUGGAGAUCUUUAAAUCAAGGCAGCAAAACUUGAAGGAUUUCUUUGUAUUCUUACAUUUUUUUUCAAACUUAGGAAGUCGAGGCCAUAAGUUUUAAAAGCCUAGACCUUCAUAGCACCGCAACAUGAAUUCUUUUAAUUACAAGGGCGUAGGCUAUGUUCCCUGUUUUCACAGGAAUCCCCAGACAUAUCCUAUCACUUUGACUGUUAAAGAUGAACCACACUCAGCUCUGGUCCAGGACUUUGGAGAAACAUCGAUCUCCUGUUGAAAAUGUUAAUCCAGUUUCCUUCUUGAAUAAUCUCACAGCUUUGUGUUUGUUUUCUUUUGCUUGUAGAAAAGCGGAGCAAGGUAAAGCGGGUAAAGACAUUUAGGAGAGCCUAUUAGAUUUGAGUUGUCUUUUGUGUUGAACAGAGUCAAGGGCAAGUUGAAUGUAAUGACCGUUGUGUAGGCAGCAGGAGGGAAGAACGGAACAGCACUGUCUCGCAGCUCUGGGCCAGCUCUCUCUUCCACUCUCGGAUCUCUGUCUCCCUCUUUCAACCUUCAGUGGGAAGUGAAUGUCAUCAGGCACAGGGAUAGCAAUGACUCUUUGUUGCAGCUUUGUGCGAAAUCUCAACAUGAAGGAAGAACUCCUAUAUAAUCCACAUCCAUAGUAGCAAUUCUGCCUCUCAGGAAGAGGUUUUUGAUAAAAGGACUUGAAAAUGAGCUAGAAGAGUUAAGAGAUCUUCGGAUGCGGCUUUUUCAUAUGUUUUUACAGAGCAACAGAGAUGUGAAGUACGUACAUAAUGCUUUUGGAACAGUGAUUCUGUUGGAAGUUUUAUUAGGGUCGUCACAGUUAAAGUAAAGCAUCAACCAGCCAGUGGAAGUUGCAAAGAAAGGGGAUCGAAUCAACUGUUGGCAUCUUUCUUGAAGAUGUGGAUAAGAGUUUUGAAUGUCCAGACAAUGGCUACAUCUGGCACUUUAAAAUAUAUAUAUAUAUUUAAUUUUUGUUUCUCCUCAUGACCAAGACUCUAGAACUGUUUUGUACUGUGAAUUACAGAUGCUCUUUGAAGGCAGGGAAUAUUGAUUCUAAUGUUCUUCAGAAGCUCUGGCAGGGAUAAGCAAGACACUCAACUGGAACGGAUGCUAAAUGUAAUCAGACAAAUUCUAUUUUCUUACUUAAGCAAAUAUUUUAUUGAGACUGCUUAUGUAUAGCAAAGGAGCCCACAACUUCAGCUACACAACUUUUUAUAUUAAAAGAACUCAUACUUUUUGUAGCUUUUAUUCCACAUUUAAUUUAAAUGACUUUAUAGCACUAACACACCUAGCAGAAGACUUUACUCCAGACCUUUAAGGAAAUUUUUAGUUUUUAUGAAAAAGUGAUACUUCAGUGGUUACAUUUCUCAUGUCUUUGGUGCUUAUGUCCCUAAUAGCACCAGUCAACAACACCGCAACCACAUGGAAACAUAUUUUUGGAAGCAAAACUUUAAUUUUCUACAACGUAUAAUAUGGAUAAUGAAAAAAAUUUAAGGACUACUUGUUUCCUAUAUUUUUUUUCCCCUUAGAAUGGAAUCCACUGUGUUGAAGACUUGAUAUGUGAUUGUCUAACCUUUUUUUUUUAGUUAGAAUAAAAUCUGUUGUGUCAUGAUCAUUGAAAGAGUUUGUUUGGGAAGUUAUGUUUUAUUUGUGAGGUUUUUUAAAUCAAGGUAUCUAAACAACUGGUUUAUUCAACUUUUCAUUAUAUUGUCUUGUUCUUACUGAUAAUACCUGUAACCUAUGGAGAAUUAUAUCAGUUAACUUGAUAAAUUCCACAUGCAUUUUAUUUCCUAGUGAAUUGUGUAAACUUUAUUUUUGUUGACAGUUAUAUAUUAAAUCAAUGUUAUGUUCUCAUACCACUUCUUGAGAAGGAGGUUCCAAUUUGAGACUAUCAUUUCCUUCAAAAUGAAGGGUAAGUGCUUAGUUAAAUAAAAGAUUGAUGACAUCUUUUAAACCAUUUCUUCCUCACUAUGUCUCAUUACAAUAAAAUUUGUCAAAUCCUUUUGGAAAAUGCUCUGAGGGUUUCCAAUAAACCAUCUAUUAGUAUUAACUACA